GUAGUCUGAAAAUACGACAGGUGCUAGAUGUGUUGCCCUCGUGCAGUGUGGGUUUUCCCGGUUGGAUUGUUUUCCGGGAUUUGACAUUCAUCAUUAUUAUUAUUGGAUCGUAAAACGUGUCUGUACCUUCCCUGAUAGGAUGAAAUACGCUGUAAUUAUUCCAUUACAUAAGAAAGAAAGUUAAUCGGACAUGUCUGACGAUGAGAAUAACAUGGUUACGACCAGUCUGUGGGUCGCGGGCACGAUCGGUGCCUUGAAGGCCCUCGUCUUCGUGUGCGACAUCAUCACAUACCCAGUCUACUACAUGCUGCACCGGCCGCGGGAGAAGUUAAACAUGUCGCAGAGAGUGAAGGCGAGGCAGGUGGAGUCGGACGACGGCUCGAUCACGAUCCGCAGCCUGCAGAGGCCCGGCAAGGUGCACGUGACGGUGGUGCGCGAGGGCGUGGACACCUUGCAGAGGUUCCUGCACUUCGUGGUCGGCAUCUACGGCGACAAGAACUGCCUGGGCACGCGCCAGAUCCUGUCGGAGGACGACGAGCUGCAGCCCAGCGGCCGGGUCUUCAAGAAGUACACGAUGGGGGAUUACAAGUGGAAGUCGUUCCGAAUGCUGGACGAAGAGGCUGCGAGUUUCGGCCGUGGUCUCCGGAUACUGGGCCAGGAGCCGCUGAUGAACGUUGCUAUAUUCGCGGAGACGCGUGCCGAGUGGAUGGUUGCUGCCCACGGUUGCUUCAAGCAAAACAUUCCUCUGGUGACACUUUAUGCUACGCUUGGCGAAGAAGCAAUAGCCCACGGUCUCAAUGAAACAGAAGCCUCGAUUGUCAUAACCACCCAUAAUUUGCUCCCUAAUUUCAAGAAAAUAUUGCCCCUGGCUCCCAAAGUCAAAAUUUUGAUCUACAUGGAAGACCAGCUGAAGGAAACGGACACGUCUGGCUUCAAGGAAGGCGUGCACAUCGUAUCAUUUUCGCAAGUGAUCAAGGAUGGCCGACCUGCGCCUAUAGCGGAGGUGGCCCCGAAGGCUGAAGACACUGCUAUCAUCAUGUACACCAGCGGUUCAACCGGGACUCCCAAAGGGGUCAUUCUCACCCACAAGAACAUGAUAACCACCAUGAAGGCUUUCUCAGAUGCUGUCGAUAUCUUUGACGACGAUGUCUUCAUGGGAUUCCUGCCUUUGGCACAUGUGUUCGAACUGCUCACUGAAUGUGUGUGCUUGGUGUACGGUGUGAGUAUUGGCUACUCGACACCCCUCACGAUGAUGGACACAUCUUCCAAGAUAAAGAAAGGAUCCAGCGGCGAUGCUACUGUCCUCAAACCAACUCUACUCACCUCUGUUCCUCUGAUCCUGGACCGCAUCAGGAAGGGCGUGAACGACAAGGUGUCGAAGAGCAGCGGGCUGCAGCGAGAGCUGUUCAGGUUCGCGUACGAGUACCGCCGCGCCUGGGCGAGGCGCGGCUUCAACACGCCCCUCGUCAACAAGCUGGUGUUCGGCAAGACGCGGCAGCUCCUGGGGGGCCGCAUCCGGCUGGUGCUGUGCGGCGGGGCCCCGCUCGCCCAGGACACCCACGAGUUCAUCAAGGUGUGCCUGUGCGUGGACCUCACGCCGGGCUACGGCCUCACCGAGACCUGCUCCGCCGCCACCGUGCUGGACCGGUACGACAUGUCGACGGGGCGCGUCGGCAACCCCACAACGGUGACGGACGUCAGGCUGGUGGACUGGGCGGAGGGCAACUACACGGUGAAGGACAAGCCCUACCCCCGGGGGGAGGUCAUCAUCGGAGGGGAGCACGUGUCCCCCGGCUACUACAAGCUGCCGGACAGGGCCAACGAGGACUUCGUCCGGGCCGAAGGCCGCCAUUGGUUCAAGAGCGGCGACAUCGCGGAACUGCACCCAGACGGAGUCCUCACAAUCAUCGACCGCAAGAAGGACCUGGUGAAGCUGCAGCUCGGGGAGUACGUGUCGCUGGGCAAGGUGGAGAUGGAGCUGAAGACCUCGCCGCUGGUGGAGAACGUGUGCGUGUACGGGGACUCCAGCAAGGAGUACACCGUGGCGCUGGUGGUGCCGAGCGCGGGACCGCUGGCGGAGCUGGCCGCGGCGGAGGGCAUCCCCACGCUGUCCUUCGAGCAGCUGUGCGAGCGGCCCGACGUGGAGCGAGCAGUGCUGCGCGAGCUGCAGGACCACGCUCGCCGCAGCAAGCUGGAGAAGUUUGAGAUCCCGGAGGCCAUCAAGUUGUGCUCGGAGGUGUGGUCUCCGGACAUGGGGCUGGUCACCGCGGCCUUCAAGCUGAGGCGCAAGAUGAUCCAGGACAGGUACCAGCACGAGAUCAACCGCAUGUACGCCUCGUGAUCCCCGCGACAGGUGACUCGUGCUCCCGAGACUGUGGGAACCUCUGGGGGGGAAAGGUAACAGUUGGAAGUGGCUGUGGUUCGAAGGACAUUGCUAGGUGUUUGCGUUUAAAACUUAAUCUUUGUUUCCCCCUUUGAUGUGUCUUGUGAAAUGUUUAAGUUAUGAGCUGUCCCUGGAUGUCCCAAUUUUGUGUUUUCUUGAAUGAUGGCGUGUAAUCAUUGUGGAUUGUUGAACCAGUGUUGCCUAUGGACAUAGUUUAAAAAUGAUUUAUGGUUUUGCGAUACUUGUUUCCCCGACAUCUCAUGCUGUGCACGAGGUGUUGGUGCUAAUUCGUGAGGAAAUCUUUGAUUAUUUUCACCCUUGCAUCACAAUUAUUUAAUGCUAGAUAGUGUGAAACCUAUUUUUGUACACAUUUUUGUGUAAUAUUUCAGUUUUGAAGUGUUUAAAAUAUCACAUUAAAGAUUGUAAUAGUUAAGAACUAUGACUUGUACAUAUGUAAUUUUGUACAGAUGUAAGAAUAAUUUUGGAACGUGUGUGGGCCCUUUUUGUACUAGAGUUGAAGGUUGUGUUUUGUCAGUGUUAAUGCAUAUUUACAUCUGCAGUUAAACUGAAAUGUAGUGUUUAGCAGUUCUUGUUGCUUGUACAAAAUGAGAUGUGCAAUAGUGAUGGAAGUUUGUUGGACUGUAGUUGAUCCUGCUCAAGAAAAAUGCAUGGUGGUUUAGGUAUGCUUUUUUGCUUAUGUUGAAAAUCCAUGCGGGAAUUAUUUACUGUUUCUGUUGUGAAAAAAAAUCAAGAAUACAAAUGUUGAAAUCAAAUUUUUCACAUAAAAUUUAAGCUAUAAUUA